GUAUUUUGUUAAUGCUGUUAUUUAACUACAUUUCCCAUGAUGCACAUUGUUACAUGUGUUUCCGGAAAAAGUUCCGGUGUGUGAUCUCUCUCCAACACCUGUGAGUAAACGAGCGGUCACGUUAAGUGUGUGUAUGUGUCAUCCUUCCCUGCACGCGCCGUUAUAAUCUCCUAAAAAUACACAAUAAAGUGGCGACGAGGAUCUCGUUAUUCUGCGUGUGUUGUGAAGAUGCGGAAAUGAAGCGGCUUGACGGCGACAUCGCUGAAAAACGCGAAAUAAUACGAGUCUGCUGUUAAUCCACGUCUGAACUGAAAAAAAGGGGGAGGAAAGACGACGAUUCAGAUAAGUGACUGAAUUGAUUGUUAAACGGCAGAGAACGGCAAAAAUGGCAUCAGUUUUUGGAAAUAUGGGUCCUUUUGAUGAAAGCAAUGAGCAGUGGAGUUCUUACACAGAACGAUUUGAGUACUUUGUAGCAGCGAAUGCUAUUACUGAAGAGAAAGUUGUACCCACAUUUUUAAGUGUGAUGGGACCAAAAACAUAUACACUACUGCGUAACCUCCUGCAACCAGAAAAACCUGGAGAGAAAACGUAUGAUCAAAUAGUGAGCACUCUUAAAGCGCAUUUCUCUCCAAAACCCUUAGUAAUAGCAGAGCGAUUUCGGUUCCACAGACGAAAUCAGCUAGAAGGGGAAACUGUGACAGUGUUUGUGGCAGUGCUAAAAAAAUUAGCUGAACACUGCGAAUUUGGUGAUGUGCUCAACGAUACACUUCGGGACAGAUUGGUAUGCGGACUCCGCUGCGAGGGCAUACAGAAAAGGCUGUUAACCGAGAGCAACCUGACACUACAAAGAGCAAUUGAGCUGAGUGUGUCUAUGGAAUUGGCUGCUAAGGAAGCCCAGCAAUUGAGCUCAAACAGUAAAGUGUACAAGAUGGAGACUGAAAAACAAACUGAAAAUAAAGGCCCAUGUUUCCGUUGUGGCAAGACUGGACACUCACCUGUUUCAUGCUGGUUUAAGGAUACGGAAUGCCGCAGCUGUAAGAAAAAGGGACACAUCGAGCGUGCAUGUAGAAAUAAAACAGAAAAGAAAAAAAUACAGCCGAAACCAGUAUUCAGAAGGAAACAAAAGAAACGCAUAUUUGCAGUCGGGCAGGAAAACAAAGAGGGUACGGAAACAUCUGAUGAGGAAUUUCUCUUGCAUGUGCUCACCGUUGCAGGUGGAACCAAGGCUUAUAAGGUCACAGCGCUGCUGGAAGGACAACCAGUGAAAAUGGAGAUUGACACUGGUGCAGCUGUGUCGCUGGUGUCGGAUGCGAUAUACAGCGAAAUGCUGAGCCACCUGCCACUCAAACCACCUGAUGUAGUCCUUAAAACUUAUACUGGGGAAUCAGUGACCAUGAAAGGACUCACCCAAGUAACAGUUGAACUGAAUGGACAAACAAAAAAACUGCCAUUGUAUGUGGUCGUGGGUGAUUACCCCUCGUUGAUGGGUCGUUCCUGGCUGGAGCAACUCAAGGUGGACUGGCCAGCCAUACAUAUGGUGACACCUAAAACACUGGAUCUUGAAGGUGUUCUUCAAAAACACACUGAAGUUUUCAAACAGGAGUUAGGCAGCAUGGAAGGAAUCAAAGUGAAAUUGACUGUGGAGCCAGGAAGCCAGCCAAAGUUCUUAAAGUCCCGGCCCCUGCCAUAUGCACUCAAACCUAAAGUGGAGGCGAGCUUAGCUGAACUUGUGAAGAAUGGUGUGCUGGAACCAGUCAGUGUGAGUAAGUGGGCAACACCCAUUGUUCCAGUUAUAAAGAAGGAUGGAGGCAUAAGGAUCUGCGGCGAUUUUAAAGUCACUGUAAAUCCAGUGUUGUCAGCAGAGCAAUACCCCUUGCCCCACAUUAAUGACCUUUUUGCUGGGCUGACAGGAGGGCAAAAAUUCAGCAAAAUUGAUCUCAACCAAGCAUACCUACAGAUGCAUGUGGAGGAACAGUCCAGAGAACUUCUCACCAUCAAUACACACAAAGGCCUAUUUCGUUACAAACGCUUACCGUUCGGAAUUACCUCGGCUCCAUCCAUUUUUCAGCGAGCGAUGGAUCAGAUUCUUGCAGGACUUCCAGGAGUUGUGUGUUAUCUAGAUGACAUUCUAGUGACUGGCACGAAUGAAGAGUCACACUUACAGCACCUGGAUGCUACCCUCGAGAGACUGAAAGAGUACGGAUUGAGAGUGCGCAAGGAUAAAUGUGAAUUUUUCCAGUUUUCAGUCGAGUAUCUAGGCCAUGUCAUUGAUGCCUCCGGUCUGCAUACGUCCCCAUCCAAAGUUAAGGCCAUUGUGGAUGCUCCAGUGCCCAAAAAUGUCAGCCAGUUGCGGUCUUUCCUCGGCUUACUUAAUUAUUAUGGGCGAUUCAUCCCAAAUAUCGCGACGCUGCUGAAACCUCUCCACAAACUGUUGUGUCAUGAGAAUAAUUGGAAGUGGACCUCUGAAUGCCAGGAGUCGUUCAUAAGAGCAAAGGAGACACUUUUAAGGUCAAAUGCCCUCACUCAUUUUGACCCUGCUCUUCCUAUCCAGCUGGCUUGCGAUGCUUCCCCUUAUGGUGUGGGAGCUGUCUUGUCCCACAUCAUGCCUAAUGGUCAAGAGAGGCCAAUUGCGUUUGCUUCCAGGAGUCUGAGCAAAGCAGAAGCAAACUAUGCUCAGAUUGAGCGAGAAGCAUUGAGCAUUGUGUUUGGAGUGCGUAAGUUUUAUCAGUAUAUUUUUGGUAGGAAGUUCACGUUACUGACCGAUCAUCGCCCUCUCACGGCUAUUUUUGGCCCACACCAUGGCAUUCCCUCUCUUGCUGCCAGUAGGAUGCAAAGGUGGGCCUUGUUGUUAUCUGCUCACACCUAUGACAUCAAGUACCGGAAGUCGAAAUUGCAUGGGAAUGCGGACGGUCUGUCCAGGUUGCCUCUCACAGACAGAGUAAAGGAGGCACAGGUGGCUGAAAUCUUUUACUUCAGCCAGGUGGAAAGGGCCCCAGUGACAGCCGCGCAAGUACGCAAGGGCACACGAAAUGACCCUGUCCUGUCAAAAGUCAUGGAUAUGGUCAUGACAGGCAAAGGGGAGAACGAUGAUCUGGAGCUAAAACCAUACGUCUCUCGACGUCAUGAACUUUCAGUGCAGUCAGGCUGCUUAUUAUGGGGAAGGAGAGUGAUUAUUCCCCCGGCUUUGCGUAAGCCAGUGCUUAAACAGCUGCAUGUAGGACACUGUGGAAUGGUCCGCAUGAAGGAGAUUGCCAGGAGCUUCUUCUGGUGGCCAGGAGUGGAUGGCCAAAUAGAGGAAAAAGCAAGGAUGUGUACCUCAUGCCAGCGCAUACGUAAUGUACCACAACUUGCACCGCUGCACCCAUGGGAGUAUCCUGAAAAACCAUGGCAUCGCAUUCAUGUUGAUUUUGCAGGCCCAGUUGAGGAGAAAAUGCUGUUGGUGGUCAUGGAUGCACACAGUAAGUGGCCUGAGGUGGCCAUUAUGAAAUCUACUUCAGCUGAGAAGACCAGUGAGAAGCUGGGAGAAAUUUUCAGUAGAUUUGGAUCACCAGUGCAGCUUGUGUCAGAUAAUGGCCCCCAAUUUACAUCCCACGAGAUGGCCACAUUUCUACUAGCAAAUGGUGUACAGCAUAUCACGUCAUCACCCUACCAUCCUGCAACAAAUGGGUUAGCAGAGAGGUUUGUUCAAACCAUGAAACAUGCCUUGAAAGCUUCUCUUGGACAGGGCACAUUUCAUCAACGCCUUCAUAGCUUCUUGCUGUGCUAUCGUAGUACUCCGCACGCAACUACCAAAGUGUCGCCAGCGUAUUUGUUGUUCAACAGAGAGCUCAGAACAAGCUUUGAGCUGCUUAAGCCAGCAACACUCAAAGAAACUGUCUUGCGGCAACAAAAGAGUCAGGUACAGCGAAGGAACCUGCGAGCCAAGGACAGAAACUUUUCAACAGGCUCACCAGUGCUGGCCCGGAACUAUGGCAGUGGUCCGAAAUGGGUUCCGGCUACUGUGGAGGCCCAGACGGGCCCAGUGUCGUACAAGGUCAAGACUGCUGACAAUCUUUCCUGGAGGAGACACACUGAUCAGUUGCUGGGUGGAGCCAGCACAGUCACAGAUCUUCCUAAAUUCACUGAUGUCACCGAGCAAAUAGACGACACUUCGCCAACUUCAGUAGUCUCCACCACUGAGCCUAUUGUGACCUCAAAUUGUCCAUUUGUUGAAGAACCAUCGUCACCGGUUGUUCUGACAGAAAAUGGAAACUCAGUAGGUCGCCGGUAUCCAGUAAGGGAGCGGCGUCCACCUCAGCGUUUAUUGGAUUACACUUAGUUAAGGGCUACCCUUAUUGCUUCGGGGCAGAAUAAUCCCCUAAGGGUAAGCUAGGGUCUGAGGUAGUCUACCCUCAUUCCCAGGGAAAUAGUUGUUAUUUUAAAUAAGGAUUCAACAUGAAAGACUCAAUGUUCACGUAAAAAAAAAAAAAAAAAAAAAAAAAAAAAAGUCUAUGUUAUAGAUAUGUUGAAAAGAGAGACUGCAUUUUAUAAAUUCAUGAUUUCAGUUGGCACAGUUUAAUUUGUAAUCUUUGUGUUAUACCUCAAAGAGUAAGAGGGGAGGAAAUGUUGUGUAUUUUGUUAAUGCUGUUAUUUAACUACAUUUCCCAUGAUGCACAUUGUUACAUGUGUUUCCGGAAAAAGUUCCGGUGUGUGAUCUCUCUCCAACACCUGUGAGUAAACGAGCGGUCACGUUAA